UAUCUUCUUUUUUUUUUAGUAGAACAGGAAGAACCAUUUAUCUGUGAAUACGAACCAGCAACAUGUACAGCCGAUGCUAUAAGCUUAUGACCUAUUAGAAUAAACUAUUCCUUUAAAAUCGGUUACUAAUGUAUUCAAGGAAGAAUGUCGUCCGAUUUAAUGUUAGACUUCGAGACUCAAGAACAACAAAUGAUGAACGGUGAAACUGGCACCAUGUCCAUCGACCAGGAUGGCGAGUGGGACAUCAGCCUGUUUGAGGAGCUGGACAACCUUGGAGAUGCAGACGAACUUUUUCAGGCCUUGGAGUGCGUGGGAUAUGCCGGCGAUGCCCCAGACCUCGACUUUGACAUCGACCUGCCUCCCUGGAGCACUGACACAGGCAGCACCUACACAGAUGGGGAUCUGAGUGUGGACUCUGUCUCUCCUGCCCAUACCAUGAGCUCUGUCACCUCGCCUGCAUCCCGAGAUGCCCUGUCACCUUACUCCAUACAAGAGGAUCUAUCCCAAUCUCCUCAGCCCUCUCCUGCCGUCUCUGUCUGCUCUGAGUCCAGUGGCUUCUCAGAGCCCCCCCUGGCCAAGAGGGCCCCCAAGAGGACCAAUCAGGCCACGCGAGUGAAGAGGCCUAUCCAGCUCACCCCUAAGGUGUCCAUCCAGCCCAGACCAGUUGUAACGGCUGUACCCCAGCAUGCCGCGGGCCCUCUCCAGACCGUCAUCAUCCAGCACCUGCAGACCACCCUGGUGCCUCACCCUGCUGUGGUCAAACCUGCCCCUGUCAGCAUACAGCCAGCGCCACCUAUAGGUGGUCCGUUGGUGCUGUGCCAGCCGGCCCAGGUGCUGCAGAUCCACACUCCACAGGCAGUCACCGGGCACCUGGUCACCAUGCCAACACUGACCCAAGAGAGGCCCGCCCCCAUUGCAGUCGCACUCCACAGCCCUGGCUCUGACGAAUAUUCGAAUGUGUCCCAGAGGCAGCAGAGGAUGAUAAAGAACAGGGAGUCAGCGUCUCAGUCCCGUAAGAAGAAGAAGGAGUACCUGCUGACGCUGGAGGUCCGUCUCAAGAUGGCGCUGUCUGAGAACCAGCUGCUCAAGAAUGAGAACGGCACCUUGAAGAGACAGCUGGAGGGACUACUCUCUGAGAACACGGUUCUGAAGACCAGUGCUCCUAAGAGGCGGGCCAUUUGUCUCAUGGUUGUGCUGGUGUUCCUCAUGCUCAAUGUGGGACCAAUGAGUUUGUUUGAAGGUGGCCGUGGCUCUAAACUUCAGACUGGCUCCAUGCACAGCGGCAGACAUCUGCUGGGCUUCUCCCAAGAGACAGACACCCCGGUGGGCCCCGAAUCCCUCCAGACCACCCCUCCGACCCACAGUUCGGAGGACAAGGCUUUGAUGGUGGUGAAGAAGGAUCCUCUGUUCUUCGGACCUCCUCCUCCCUGUCUGCCGCCUGUCAACAGGACCAAAUGCCUCAGGUUGAACCAUGAGCUGCGAGGCUGGGUGCAUCGACAUGAGGUGGAGCGGACCAAGACCAGACGCAUGAGCAACAGCCAACACCGAGCAAACAGGACUAUCCCUAAAGAGGAUAAGAAGGCUGAGGUGUCCCAGGUCCUAGCAGUCCAGUACACUGACUCCACAGAGAAGAGCCCUGGUAAUGAGCUGCAGGUGUACUUCGCUCCUCACCGCACCUACAACGACUUCUUUGAUGAGAUCCAUCGCCGUGGAGACACCUUCUACGUGGUGUCUUUCCGCAGGGAUCACCUUUUACUUCCCGCUACCAGCCACAACAAAGGAAGUAGGCCCAAGAUGUCCGUGGUGUUGCCAGCCAUGAACAUUAAUGAUCGUGUGAUCAAGGACAAGGAGUUUGAGGUGAUGAUGCAGAUUGACUGUGAGGUCACAGACACCAGGAUCCUCCACAUCAAGUCCUCCAGUAUCCCACCAUUCCUGCGUGUCAACCGCACCCACACCCUGUACCCGCCUUCACCUGCGGACAGCAAGGCCACGCCUCCUGUCCAGGUGCUCAUGGGUUCCGCGUAACCUCUAUCAACCAAUCGAAUUGAUGCACAAACCCAUAACUCCCACCAACCAAUUGAACAGUGAAAUUGAAAAAAUGGAACAACAACAGGUCUGUUCUCCUUCACCAGUUUAACAGAUGGAACAACAACAGGUCUGUUCUCCUUCACCAGUUUAACAGAUGGAACAACAACAGGUCACAUGUUUCUAUUUACCUUGUGUUCUUUUUUUUAUUUUCUACAGAUCUGAGAUAAU